AUGGUGGGCAACCAACUAAACGAGGUCACCGGUGGACUUGGUCUAGGUGGUGGGGACGACAAUGCCGAAAAGACUGUCGAAGGAGAGGAUCCAGAGGUUGUAGCAGCACGGUUGGAGGAGCAGGAACGACGUAAAGAAAAGCACAGGAAGAUGGAGGCAGAGAGGGAGAAGAUGCGUCAAGGAAUUCGUGACAAAUACAAGAUCCACAAGAAGGAGGAGGGUACUGGUGCUGCGAUGAAUUUCGCUGAUGGUCGCAUUGGUGUCCCGAGGAAGACCCCCGAGGAACUGGCGGCGGCCAUGAACGCGGAUGACAGCAGCCUCAUAGGUCAGCUUGGCCUCACCGAGCACGUGGAACGUGCGAAGACCAUGGCCACCGGAGCCUUUGAAACCGUGAAGGGUUUCCUUCCAUUUGGGAAAUGA